CUGCUCCAAACUUCUCAGCUGUUGACAGGCUUGACUUGCUGAGAACACUGGUUAAAUAUAGCACAAGCGAGCUGAGCUCAACAAAGUCAUUGCUGUAACACUGUGUGAAGAGACCAGAAGAGGGGAAAUACAAUCUGAGAACUAAACUGCCAAAGCCUAACACCACCUAGCAACAGUUGAAAAAACUUUUAAACAAAAGUCUGGGUGAGACACAGACAGAGUAUACCUCCUACUUCUCCUGCCUGGGAUUUCUGCGAGAAGCAGCUCCAGUCUUCUGUUCUCUACCACAUUUCCUUCAUUACUUCAGCUGCUGGUAGACCUAGAAAAGUGGGAAAAUUUCUGUCUUUGUGUUCUCCCGGGCUGGAUCAGUCUACUACUGUGGUAGUAGUGUGGGACGAGCUACUGCAAUCUUGUGGUGUAAAGGAUAUAUUCCUAGGUUCGUGUUGCUGACAGGGAGCAGCAGGGACCCCAGUCAGCCUCAGGUGGGAGCAGCAGAGCAAUGGCACAGGGAUACCUCCAUCCUCGACUCCCUCCUUCCCCCUCUGGACCUAGAUUGUAGUGAAGCCCCUGCUCUGGAAGCAUCCCUCGGCACAGGUAGGGAUGAGAUCCCGAAACCAAAGUGGAGAAAGCUCGUCUAACGGGCACUUCUCCAGUUCCAAGCCUGUCAUCAGCCAUGCAGAGAAUGAAAAACUUCAGGAGGAUGCCAAGAAAAAGAACAAACCUCAUCAGAAGGAAGAUGAGGUCAUGGUUUCAGCAACUGUCAAACGGCACUCAAAAUCACCUAGACCUACUGAACGAAAGAACAAGAAGUCCAUAGAGCUUUCUAAAGAGGACUUGAUAAAACUACUCAGUAUAAUGGAAGGAGAACUGCAGGCAAGGGAAGAUGUGAUCCACAUGCUGAAGACAGAGAAAACCAAACCUGAAGUUUUAGAAGCUCAUUAUGGGUCUGCAGCUCCAGAGAACGUGCUCCGAGUGCUACACAGGGAUGCCAUCCUUGCUCAAGAAAAGUCAAUAGGGGAAGAUGUCUAUGAGAAACCAAUUUCAGAGCUGGACAGACUUGAAGAAAAACAGAAAGAGACAUAUCGGCGCAUGCUGGAACAGCUCCUGUUGGCAGAAAAGUGCCAUCGCCGCACAGUUUAUGAGCUAGAAAAUGAGAAACAUAAACAUACAGAUUACAUGAACAAGAGCGAUGACUUUACCAACCUCUUGGAACAGGAGCGGGAGAGGCUGAAAAAACUUCUUGAGCAGGAGAAGAUCUAUCAAGCCCGGAAGGAAAAGGAACAUACAAAGAGACUCACUAAACUAAGAGAAGAACUAGUCAAGCUCAAAUCAUUUGCACUCAUGCUGGUGGAUGAAAGACAAAUGCAUAUUGAACAACUUGGGCAACAAAGCCAGAAAAUACAGGACUUAAAUCAAAAACUAAAGGAAGAAGAAGAAAAGCUUAAAAUUAUUAGUGCAAAAACAAAAGAAGAUGGACAAAAACUGAUGAAGUUAGAGGCAGAACUUGAACAUAAAACAUCAUCAUUUUCUCAAGAACAUGAGGAAAUGACUGCUAAACUGGCUAAUCAAGAGUCACAUAAUAGACAGCUAAGGCUUAAGCUAGUGGGGUUGACUCGCAGAAUAGAGGAGCUAGAAGAAACUAACAAAAAUCUUCAAAAAGCUGAGGAGGAGCUUCAAGAACUAAGGGAUAAAAUAGCAAAAGGGGAAUGUGGGAACUCUAGCUUAAUGGCAGAAGUGGAAAACCUGCGCAAGCGUGUGCUUGAAAUGGAGGGGAAAGAUGAAGAGAUCACAAAAACUGAAUCCCAGUGCAAAGAGCUGAAAAAUAAACUGCAAGAGGAAGAACACCAUAGCAAAGAGUUGAAACUUGAAGUGGAAAAAUUGCAGAAAAGAAUGUCAGAACUAGAGAAGCUAGAAGAGGCUUUCAGUAAAAGUAAGUCUGAAUGCACCCAGCUACACUUAAGCUUGGAGAAAGAAAAGAAUUUGACUAAGGAUUUGAUAAAUGAGUUGGAAUUGGUGAAGACUCGAGUUAAAGACCUUGAGGCAUCAGAAAGCAAGUUGGAAAAGGCUGAAAUAAGCUUAAAAGAUGACCUUACAAAGCUGAAAUCAUUUACUGUAAUGUUGGUUGAUGAACGAAAAAAUAUGAUGGAAAAAAUAAAACAGGAGGAGAAAAAGGUUGAGUGUCUAAACAAGAAUUUUAAAGUGGAACAAGGGAAAGUUAUGGAUGUAACAGAGAAACUGAUAGAAGAAAGUAAGAAAUUUUUGAAACUGAAAUCUGAAAUGGAGGAAAAAGUGUCUUGUUUGACAAAGGAAAGGGAUGAGUUAAUUGGCAAACUGAGAAGUGAAGAAGAAAAAUCCUCUGAACUAAGCUGUAGAGUUGACCUGUUAAAGAAAAGAAUUGAUGGUAUGGAGGAAGUAGAAAGAGAAAUUACAAGAGGUCGAACCAGGAAAGGACCAGAGCAUGGCUGUCAUGAGGACAACAAGAUUAAAGAACUUACUGUUGAAAUUGAAAGACUGAAAAAGCGUCUCAAACAAUUGGAAGUGGUUGAAGGAGAUUUGAUGAAAACAGAAGAUGAAUAUGAUCAGCUAGAGCAGAAAUUUAGGACUGAGCAGGAUAAAGCUAACUUUCUUUCUCAACAGCUGGAGGAGAUGAAACUCCAGAUUGCCAAAACCAAAGCAAUAGAAAAAGGUGAAGCAGUGAGCCAGGAGGCAGAGUUGAGGCAUAGGUUUCGUCUGGAAGAGGCCAAAAGCAGAGAUUUGAAAGCAGAAGUUCAAGCCCUUAAGGAAAAAAUCCAUGAGCUGAUGAACAAAGAAGACCAGCUUUCUCAGCUCCAAGUUGAUUAUUCGGUUCUGCAGCAAAGGUUUAUGGAAGAAGAAAAUAAAAACAAGAGCAUGGGGCAGGAAGUUCUGAACCUAACAAAAGAGCUGGAGCUUUCUAAGCGUUACAGCCGUGCGCUGAGACCCAGCAUAAACGGACGAAGAAUGGUCGAUGUUCCCGUGACAUCCACCGGUGUGCAAACAGAUGCUGUAAGCAGCGAAGCAGCAGAAGAAGAAACUCCAGCAGUGUUUAUAAGGAAAUCCUUCCAGGAGGAAAAUCACAUCAUGAGCAAUCUGCGACAGGUAGGUCUGAAAAAACCCAUGGAGCGUUCUUCAGUGCUUGAGAGGUAUCCUCCAGCAGCAAAUGAACUUGCAAUGAGGAAAUCUUGGAUACCAUGGAUGAGAAAGAGGGAAGCUGGGGCUCAGGGAACUCCUGAUAAAGGACCCCGAAUGCACGGUAGUCCAGCACAUCCAGGGGAGGUUGUCCUUUCACCAAAACAGGGCCAACCUCUUCAUAUUCGGGUGACACCAGACCACGAGAACAGCACAGCUACUUUGGAGAUAACCAGUCCAACCUCAGAGGAAUUUUUUUCAAGUACCACUGUCAUUCCUACUUUGGGAAAUCAGAAGCCACGAAUAACCAUCAUUCCCUCUCCAAACGUUAUGCCACAAAAAGGAAAAGGCAGUGAAAGUCCCAUGGGCCCAGAUCGUUCUGUGUCUCCUGUCACUAUAACAACAUUCUCCAGGGAAAAGUCCCCAGAGGGAGGGAGGACACCUUUUGCCGACAGACCUGCAUCACCAAUUCAGAUUAUGACAGUAUCAACAUCUGCAGCACCGGCAGAAAUCUCUGUCUCUCCUCAGUCACAAGAUAUGACCAUGGGAAGGGCUGUCUUCAAAGUGACACCAGAAAAACAAACCGUCCCAACUCCAAUCCGCAAGUAUAAUGCCAAUGCAAACAUUAUUACGACAGAAGACAACAAAAUCCACAUCCACUUAGGUUCCCAGUUUAAACGCUCUCCCAGUGCUGCACCUGAUGGUGCAAGUCCUGUGAUAACAGUCAGACCGAUGAACAUAGCAGCAGAGAAAGAACUUGCGACCGGUACCGUUCUUCGAUCGCCCCGGAACAACCUGUCCUCGCGACCUGCAGCAAGCAAGGUGACAAGUACUAUCACUAUAACGCCUGUUACAACAUCUUCCACCCGAGGAACACAAUCAGUGACAGGACAGGAUGGGUCAUCCCCGAGACCUACACCCACCCGCAUUCCUGUGUCAAAAGGUAUGAAAGCAGGAAAGCCAGUAGUGGCAGCCCCAGGAGCAGGAAAUGUGACAAAAUUCGAGCCUCGUGCCGAGACUCAGUCUAUGAAAAUAGAACUGAAGAAAUCUUCAGCCAGCAGCUCUGCCUCCCUGUGCGGGGGUCAGGGUUGAUGGCGGUGGCUCAGGGGGUAUGUUCUGCAGGUUUUGCUGCUACCAUGGAAGUCAGCUCCCUGUCUGUGUAGUUGCUCACAUUUGCCUGUACUAAUUGAAGUCCUGCAGCUGUCACUUACAACGAACUAAUGUGUGUGCACUGACUACUUAAGUAACAACAUCCUUUUGUUUUCUUACUGAAGUUUACAAAAGAAAAAAAAAAAAAGCCAUCAAAAAGGCAGUUGUACACCAGGAAGAUUUUCAGCCUAGGAAGGGAGAAUGGGGCAACUGCACUAGGUUAUUAAUCUAGUUCAGGAAUUCUUAAUGAUAGACUUGGUCACUUUUUAAUAGAUUGAAGGAAGUUUGGUCACUUUUUCUAGAUUGUCUUCCACCUUAAUGGAUAACUUUCCACCUUUGCUAUUGCAUGGGGCACUUCUGCCUGUGAUCACAUUACUGAGAUGCUACUUUGCCUAGGGAACCAAUGCCAGGAGUCAGCACACUUGAGAUCCUGUUUUAGUGAAAGCUAGUACCUCAGGUGUGGGAGGGAGGGGAAGCCCAGCCUUCUUAUGGAGUCUCCUGUCCAAAUCAGCGUUUCUCAGCGGUGAGCUGCUUUCUCAAGGUGGUUACAAAAUUCAAGGGGGUAGGGGGGGUUACACAGUGUUUGGCAGCAGCAGUGCUAAACAGCAGUUUAUUUCUUCCAGAGGGGGUUAAUGCUUGUAGACUACUUACAGCCAAGUCCCUGACUUACACACACUGGGAUACUGCCAGCUCAGGGGUCAGAUGAAGGCAAGUGAGCCAAAAGGUCUUUAGUCUUUAGAAAAAGCUUGAGAAACAUUGAUCUGUCUAAAAUCAAUACAGUCCAUUUGUGCCUGCUCCAGAGAUGUCUAAAGGCUAUGAAGCAAGUCACUCCAUUGACUUCACUAGGUUUUCAGUUUUCCUGGUGGGAUAAACUUGUGCUAUAUUUAAACCUUAGUUGCCAAGCAUCCUUAUGCCUUAGAGGGGAAAUCAGCAUAAACUGGUGGUGGCAGAAACUGCUGUCUAAAGGCACAGCUCAGGUAAAGACAGUGAAAGAGAUAAGAGCUUGGUGUGAAAGUUACUCUCAAUUCUCAGUUGUUUGAAACAUUUUGUCUUUCAGUACAUACAGCCUCACAAUACCAUGAUGAUUCAUCCUUUUUCCUUCCCUCUUUGUGAUUUCCUCAUUUAUAUGUUUGCAUUUUUAAGCAUGUUUUAAAGAACUUUUCCAGCAUGUAAAUGGUGUGGAUGCCGAUGAUUGUAAUGAUUGUUUAUUUAAUAACAGUAAAGUUAUUAAAGGGCAUUUCCAUUAAGUAAUCAGUUUCCACAGAAGAAAUUCACAACCAAAAGAAAUGGAGCCGAACAGACUGACAAAUGAGCGUUUUUAAAGAUUGUAUAAUACCUUCACCACCACAACAAGCUGUAAAGGACCCAGUGGUUAGGAAUAGCUUUCAGAAGGCAAGAAGGAAGACAACCAAUAAAUAAUAAAUACAAUUCUCAGAAAAGAAUAUGUACUAGUGGGUGGAAUAUUAAAUGGCUUUCUGUAUGGAAGAAGAGAUUUGAUGGAAGAAUCUGCCACAGAAGGUCAACAAAAUUAUAUUCAGUCCAAGCAAUGUUUAGUCUUCAGUCUGCAGUUUGCAUUGCUCUCCAAUUUAAGAUCCAGAUAUGGCCAUUAUCCCAGUGUAAAGCUGGCAUUUUGCUAUUCACAUGAAGGGCAUUUUGUCUGUAGUGUAAAAACUGCUGCCACAUUAGAAAAGAAGUAGUUUUCAAUUUUUACAUGUGUAGCACCUGCAGUACCUGUUAAUUUCAAGGUUCUGGUUCCUACAACAUCUAAAAAUCAGAUUCAUUAUUAGCAUUUUUCUUAACACUCAAUUCCCAGUAUUUCAGAUAAAACUUGGAAACUGGAAUUAGAAAGCAAUGUGAGUUACUAUGCCAGAAAUACAUCAGAUCCCUUCAACUAAUUGUUACCACUUAAAAGCCUCAACUUGUCAAUAAAUUGUUGGAGAUCUUACUGUUCUUACUGUAAUGUAGACUUUUUAGCAGAUGUUUGAAGAAAACACAUUAUUAAGAGCUUUUUUGCUGGAUAUUCACUCUAAAUACUGGCAGUGAAGCAAGUCUCCAGGUCAAAACAGUCAUUUAAAUAAUAUUGCAAACAUGAGCCCCAAGCUAAUGUGGCUUGAUACAGUGAUGAACUACAGCUGCCUUAAGCCUUCCUUUUCAGAUCCUGAUUUCAAAGAAAGUUAGUUCCUUUGUUAACUGUUGCUAUAUCCAAGGCAAUAUUCUGUGUCUGCCUGUGGUUGACAAAUUUGUUUGUUUUGCUUAAGAUCUAAGAAACUAAUUCACCUGAAGAAACAAACCAGCCUUACAGUACCUGAAAUCCAGGACACACAAAUUAGCACAACUGAACCAGAACUGCAGGCACAAGAUGGGGAUUACUCUUGUAGAGUCAGUAGGAUUUCAUGAGACAGACUCGAGAAAUUCCAGACAGGUCAGACUGAGGAUCCUGUUAUUUUUCCCUGAGGCAGCACAACAAAAAGGAACUUUCGCUCCAUAGCAGAAGCCUUAAGAGUUGGAAUCAGGCAACCGGUUUAACCAUUAGCUAAAGAUAGGUAUUUAGUUGUACUUACCAUUUUUAACAUUCAUUUUUAUUGAUGUAAGAUUCUUGUUUCUUAAAGGUAGAAGAAGGGUAAGAUGAAGAAAAAAGAAAGCCUAUAGUUCAGAAGUCUUAAAAGUCGAAGCAUAACUUUCUCUAUUAUGUUGGAAUUUCCUCUGAAUCUGGAUACAGUUAUGUUUAGUGACUACAGUAAGAUUCUCCAUUCAGUAGGUCAGCUCCAGAAGACAAUUUAGACAACCAAGUCUAGAGACAGUGUUUAAGCCCCAGAGGCAUCCUGAAGAUCCUCCUCAAGUUCUCCCACUGCCCUUCUCUAGUCAGUGUUUCAGUUGUGACUUAACUAGCACUGCAGCCUCUGAACCUAAUCGAGCUCCAUAAUCUAGGUAUUCUUGUAUUUCCUCUACGGGCUUUAAAUCAAGUCACAGAUUCAUGGUCCCUUAAAGUCAGGAUAUAACCCCACACUGGAGUAAAAAGCUGUAGUCCUGUCUUUGUUACCUAUGGCCAAGAAAGUACUCACUUCCAUGUGGUUGUCCCUUGAGCUGGCAAAAGUGUUUGAACUUAGCUGAGGAACUGAUGUGAACUAAAAGGAAUCUGGCAAAAAGCAUGAAGGCUAGCUUUAACAUAGCUUAGUUCCAGGCUCUCGGGCCAGAAAAAGGAAGAAGACAGGUGUAGGAAACCCAUGGCUGUUUUAAAGUGGCUGUGGAAUCAGGAAUGCCUCCUAGUAGGUCAAAUACCACACAAAUAUAGGGGUAGUGCUGCCUAUUUUAAAAAGCUUUUGAUUAAAACCUGUCUUCUAAAGUAGGAGAUGACCCCCCCUUUCCACCAGUAUCUGAGGAGACUCAGACCCACAUCAGCUCCAGCCAGGUUCACCAGUGGCACUGACAGACAGUCAAGGGGGAAGAAGGUGGCAUUCUCAUUCCCUCCUGUAAAGGCUGUGCUGUUCUGCAUGGAGGGCUUUAGUAUUCACUGAGCAGAGAAGAGAGUGGUUGAGUAGUCAGGAUAUUGAUCUAGGAGGAGGGAGCCCCCUCGAUUCUGGUCCAUGUUCCAAAGGCUGCCUUUGAACCUGGCCUUUUGUGAAAAGAAGGCUUAUAAGAUGAAUUGUCUGUGUUCAUCCAUCCUUCCAUCUAUCCUUCGUUGAUGAAUAACAUUGAACACAUCAACCAAUUUCAACCAAAUCUGACAAAGCAGUAGAGGUCUCUAGAAUAAGAAAGUCUUCCAAUGUAAUGAAAAGGGCAACAGAGAAGAGAAGCAAGACCUUAGCAGUGCCCCACUGCACAGAAGAAUGUAGCAUGAUCUCACCUUCAUAUAUCAAAAGUGUGAACACAAGAGAGUGAUGUCAGAAACACCACAAGGACAAGCUUUGUUUAGACCUCAGAUUUUACUAGGCACCGAAGAAUCAAACUCUGAUACAGCGAUCCAUAGGAAAAUACUAGAACUUUGAUUUACAAGGCUUGUUGUGUAUUCUACAUUACAGGAUUACAGUGCAGAAACCAAGUCUUCUCUGCCCAAGCGAUCAUCUAGAGUGACUCAUCCUCAUGCUUUCUCUCUCUUACCUUUUUCUAUUGAAUUUUUUUUUUUUUUUAAUGAAGUGAAACAGUUUCAGUAGCAAAAUGCACUCAACCCAUGGUAAUAAUCAUAGCUACAGUGCUUCCUCAGGAACUGAGCUAGCUGAGAAACAAUCUGUGUAUUUUUGGUAGUAUUUAAUAUCAGCUGGAGAGAUGCCCUACUCUGGCUGACUGCAUGGCCGUAUAAGCAGCUGUGAUAAGUCAAGCCCAGCGGUGGGAACAUAUGGCUUAGGACAGCAGUUAUUAGGUGGAGGGGGAAGAGCAGGGAAAAUGCCAACCCACUCAUGAACAGCACAUAUGGACUGAGAAGGUGCACCUGCAAUUCUCCAGAUGAUCGCUGUGAUUUUUAAAUAUAGUUCCUAAUAAGUUUUCCACUAUAUAGUGUUCCCUAUGUAAGAUCCCAUCACCUGAAUUACUGUUACAUAUGAGUAUUGCCAAUACAGUCAUUAGCAGAGCAAUACAUUUGUUUUGUGUAGGUGGGACUGAAAAUGAGAGAGCACAAAACUUCAACCCUAAUGCCUGGGGGAUUUCUCUCAGAUCGGUAAACAUGCUAAGUAGUAAAUAUUAGAAGAAAAACAGAGAUUUUGAUGUAUUUUGCCCACCUUCCUUUUCCUUUCAUGACACCCAUUAGUGUGAUUUUUCAAAAAUCAAAUAACACUUUGUGACUUUUCUGAAUAUGCCCCUAGAGUAUGCAUGUUACCAUAUUUAAACCUCAAACCACUUACGGCACAUAGUAAUUACCAUCACGUGAGUAAUCUCCAAAGUCACAUUAUUAUGUUGAUUCAUGCCAAUUGGAUGCCAAGUCAUGUUACUGCCUGAAAUAGGCUACAUAUAUUCUAAAACAUGCUCAAUAUUUACAUGAAUAUUCAGUAAUUCUCAUCAGAUGUGGAAGAGCAUGUCUUUAAAGAAAGUAAGCUACUGUCCUGCUGGGUUUCAAGUGCUUGGCAUAAGCUGCAAAAGUCAGGACAGUUUUCAGUGCAAUUAUAUGUUCCCAUCACACAUCAGUGGCCGAUUUCACUGAGUCACUUUGUAACCUGUAGUUUGCUGGCAGGGGUUUCUGUGAGCUCAUCUUUUGAACUUGUUUUCAUUUAGGGCAAUAUUUUUCUCCCCUACGUCAGUGUGAGUUACCCUCUUUCCCUUAAUUUUUCCUGAGCUCUCUCAGGUAAAACUAUAUGCAACAUUUGUCAUUAUAGAUACUAACUUCACUUUGAAUCUUAUUCCCUACACACUGCUCUUACUUGGCUUUUUGGAAGAUGCAAUCAGAGUUAACUACUCUCACAUACAGAGCUACCAGCUCUGAGAGUCAGGUAUGAAUCACUCAGGUAUGAAUGGUUCUUCACUUUAAAACCUCUUCAGGAUUUUAUAAAGUACUGAUGUAUGAUUCUCUUCUGUUGCUUGGGCAUGCAUUGUCUGUGGUACAUACAUUUUUGUAUCAUCUGGUGGUGUUUGUAUAUAUUGUAAGAAGAAAUUAAACUUCCUAUGUUAAAAUGUCCGUUGAUGUGCUUCAUUAUAUGAACUGGUAUUUUUCAUAGGCCAGCUGUUAAUGAUGUGUUUCCUGGAGAAGUUCUGAUUCACAUCAGUGGGAUGGAAAGCAGCAUUAGCAGUCUUACAUUAACUUAAUUUUCUUUUCCUGUCAUUAAAAUAAAUUGUUUUAAGUGAAUUCAUAGCUUCUUGAAAUAUGCACAUUUAUAACUAGAAAAAUUUAUGUAGUCAUAUCCUACAGAUAUAAUCAUAUUCCUAGAGGGGGUGGUCCAACAGAACUCUGACAAAAUCUGCCCUACUAUAAUUUUAAAUUAACUCCUCAGACACCUCUUUUAGUAACUAGAGUGUAUAUAUAUGCAUGUGUGUGUAUAAUACACGCAUAUAUAUAAGCAUUACAAAUACAAACAACCGAUAGACAAAUGAAGAGCAUAUGUGUGUGAGAAAUGAAUGAAUAAUAGAAGUGGAAAUUCUUUGAGUUUUUAAUUAUUUCUCCUACUCUUUUCUGCAUAAUUGCUAUAUUUGGUCUGUAGAAGGAAGACUGAUUCAGAAACCUACUGUAGUUUUGCCAUUCAUUCAGUGACUAAGCCUUUACAAGGAGCUUGAUAUUUUUCUGCUUACCCAUUUGGGUUUUAGAAUUUUGUUUCUAAAUUCCGUAUUAAUAUAUAAUGUGUAUAGUGAAUAUUAAGAAAAAAAUGUUUAAUAUACAGUUUGUGUGAUUCGCAUUGAAGUUAAUGGGAGGAUUUGCCUGAGGUUACAAUCUGAUAUUAAUUAAAUGCAGCUUUUUACAUCAUAUUCCGCAAGAGCUUGAAGUUAGAGAACAGCACUGGUUGUAAGUUAAAAUCUUACUGUAGUUUGUGGUUCUUUUAUAGUCAUUGCUCAAAUUUGGUAGAACUGGUAUACAUAUCUUGUUGAAAAUCAUUUGUUAUCGAAAAAUUAUAUGGAAAAGAAACACUUUCCAUUUUGGAAAUUCUAUUAUUUAAUUUGCCUGAACCUAUUUUCUUGAAUGUUACCUUAGCCCUUAUUUUUUGAUGCACCACGUAUGAAAAGCAUCACUGGCAUCUGCCAUCUAGUGGCAAAGUCUUGAAAUUAAGAGUACAUGGAGAACAUGAUUCUUACGAUAAUGUAACUUAAUCAAACAUCUUGCAAGUAUUAGUUAGGAAGCAGACAAAGGCAGAAGUCAAUAAAAAUGUAAAAGGGAAUAAUCAUAUGAUUAGUGUCAUUUAUUGGGUCCUGUAAACUUUGAAAAAUCCUCAGUCUAUUGAGGAAGAAAUCAAGAAAAAUAGUUUCAAUUAAGAAAAUUAGUAUUUCUACUAAGAAAACUGUAUAUUUCUAGCUAGCAGUGGUACAGUUAUAUUAUUUGACAUGCAUAAAAUACACCUUUUCAGAGAAUAAUGUGAUGGAUAGCUAAAUUCUCAUAUUUAAAAAGUUGCCUGUAAGAGCAGUUUAUAUGGAUAAAAGAACAGAAGACCAGAUUAUUAGUAUUUCAGCAGAGUCCAGAAAUUAAUCAGGAUCAGGAAUCUCCUAUGGGACAUGCAGGGCAAAGUUAAACCCAGCCUUUCAGAGCCCAUGCCAACACUUAGUUUUGCAUGCUGUGGCUGAAAUUUAUCCCCAUUGAAGUCAGUGGCAAAAUUCAAGCAGACGCUGAAUAAAGCCAGCAUAGGUUUCUAAGCCAAAUUUAAAUAAAAAUGAGAAAUGACCCCAUACCUCUUCGACAUCCCUAUAUCAGGAUUUCCAGCAGAUUUACAGGAUACAAGAGACCCAACUCCCAAGUCUUCCUCUUACUUGAUUCAGGAGUGGGACUGGAACCUUGGUGUUCCUGUGGUUUAAUCCAUUCAACUGUAUUUUCUUUUUCUCUAUGGAUGACCAAAUGAUGGUCUUGACACUGAAGUGGAAGGGCCUCUGACCCCUAGCCUGGUACUAAUUUAGUUUACCUUUGUAGCAUUCGCCAGGACAGUUUUUAGCAACCAGUGUUAUAGGUGUGUGAGACAUUUGUAGAAGAAAAAUGCUUCGCAGUGCCAUUGUGAUUGUUCUUCUUUAAAGUAACUUGUAAUGUAUUUGCAGCUUCAUAAAAUCAAAUGUUUU